AUGGAAAAUACGACCGGAAAUAUCUCCAUCAUCCAAAAGGAUAUCUCCUCAUUGAGACAUCCUCAGGCUCGCUACAAUGGGCUGAAUCCUGGUUCGGUCGUUCUAGACAAGGGUUCCCAAAAGACGCCGCGCUCUCGGCCCCUGCAGGUCGAUACCAUAUGGGAGAGAGACAUCAUAGUGUCACUCAGAGAUGGAAUCCAGCUUCGCGCUGAUAUAUUCCGUCCCCAGAAUGCAACUGAAAAGAUACCCAUUCUUCUUGUUUGGACCCCCUAUGGAAAGUCCGGAACUGGAAUGUUCUCUAUGGAGCUUGUCCAGGCACGUGAUGGGAUUCCAGAAGAGAUGCUGAGUGGAUAUGAGUGCUUUGAAGGCCCAGAUCCAGCGGAAUGGAAUUUACAUCAAUAUGCGGUCGCUCAUGUAGAUGCAAGAGGAUGCUUCAAGUCACAAGGUGAUCACGUAUGGCAUGGAACAACUGAGGGCCUUGAUGGCUACGAUACUAUUGAGUUCCUGAGUCAAUUUGAAUGGAGCAACGGGCGUGUCGCUUUGAUAGGAAACUCAUGGCUAGCCACUUCGCAGUGGUUUAUUGCGGCUGAGCGUCCACCGCACCUCGCCUGUAUCCUGCCUUUGGAGGGCUUGAGUGAUGUAUAUCGUGAGACACUUUGCCGUGGUGGUGUUCCAUAUUUGCCUUUCUGGACAUUUUUGCGGGAUAAUGGACUCUAUGGCGAGAAUAAGCAAGAAGACGUAAUUGCCAUGGUGGAGAGACACCCGCUCAUGAAUAAGUACUGGGAAGAUAAACGAGCCAAGGCUCACCUGAUCGAGGUGCCUGCGUACGUUCUCGCGACUCAGUCACCAUUGGUCAAUAUCCCAUUCUCCAGUUGGCCUCCCGAGAAGACUGUGUAUGAGAGAUACUACCUCGCAGAUGAUGACGUGCUCCAUCAACGUAAUUCUUCAGAAAUCGGAAGUGUUUCAUAUCAAAGUGAUGUACCUGCCAUGCAGAUGGAUAAUGACAGUGAGGAGGUAAUGUUCAAACACACAUUUACUCAGAAGACGACGGUGGUUGGUUCUUCCAAGGCCAUUCUUUUCAUGUCAUGCCCAGACCAUGACGAUCUUGACAUCUUCGUUCAACUGCGGAAACUCGAUCGCAACGGUAAAGUACUCCAGAACAUCAACAUUCCUCUUCAAGAUCUUGGCGUAAAGUCGGAUGAGGUGGAUGAUAUCAAUGUACUGAAGUACUUGGGACCAACUGGUGUGCUCAGAGCCAGUCAUAGAGCCCUUGAUACCCAUCUAUCGAAACCACAUUGGCCGAUGCACGACCAUGCAAACCCGAGAAAAAUUACACCCGGCCAGGUGGUGCGAGUGGAGAUAGGUAUAUGGCCAGCGGCUAUACAGUUUGAAGCUGGAGAAGGCAUUUCUCUUAAAGUGUCGGGUCAUCAGAUGAUCUUGGCUGAAUUUGCUCCGCUUCGUGGUUUGUUCAAGAAUGGGAACAAGGGCAGACAUGUAGUGCAUUUUGGAGGUGAUUUCGCUAGUCAUAUUUUGAUUCCCACGGUAUCUUUUUAA